AUGGAACCUCCAAGACCAAGACUAAGCCAUGAUUUUCAAGGGCUGGAUGGUCCUUUUGAGGGGUACCGGCCACACACCUGGGCGGACGAGUCAGAACCCAAGAAGGCAGAUGUGACCAAGACUGCAGGCGGAGGCAUCUGUGACUGGCUCCAGGUGGUGAUGAAGAGCAGGGGUAGCCUAGGAUCAUCACAGCCCGCUGCAAGUGCCAUCACCUAA